AUGACGGGUGCACAAGAGCCUGGAAGCGUAAACAGCUAUCCCCCCACCCGGAGACCCACGAUCUUUACGGUAUACAUCAUAAUCACUAAGGAGUAUAUCAGCGUCUACGGUGGAGUUAUCAAGCUGGAACGGGAAUACCUUGAGAGAGAGGAGAGAGCACUUAGACGAAGCAAGGAAAAAGAGGAGAGAGAGGAGGAAAAACAUAAAAUGGAGCUCGAGGAAGCAGAGAGGGAUAGACAGGAAGCUGAGAAAAGUAGACUGUUUGAGAUGGAAAAGCUUAACCUUCAAGCUGACAUAGAAUUUUCUAGGCUUAAGGCAGAGCAGGAGAAAAGUGCAUUGUCAAUGUCGAACUCGGAAGAGUCGAGGUCAAGGUCACUGCGACCAAAGUUACCAAAAUUUGACGAACAAAAGGAUGACAUGGAUGAAUUUUUAGAGCGAUUCGAGAAGUUUGCUACAGCUCAACACUGGAACGAAGACAUUUGGGCAGUGAGCCUUAGCCCCCUAUUGACCGGUAAAGGGCUACAAGUCUAUUCAAGCAUGCCUGCAACUCAGAUCAACAAGUACGAUGAGUUGAAGAAAGCGCUUCUCAGGAGAUACGCGUUAACCGAGGAAGGUUUUCGCGUAAAGUUUAGGGACAGUAAACCGGAGAAGGGUGAAACGGCAUUUCAAUUUGUCGCGAGGCUGUCACGGUACUUGACGCGGUGGACUCACAUGUCCGAGAUCGAACAGUCGUUUGAAGGGUUAUCAGACCUGCUUAUCAGGGAGCGGUUUAUGCAAGCCUGUUCAACGGAUAUGGUCCUGUUCCUUAAAGAGAGAGCACCCAAGAGUGUUGAGGAGUUAACUCGACUCGCGGAACAAUAUAUGGAGGCCCAUGGAGGAAGUAUUACGGAAUCUGGCAAGGUCAAAUUUAGCAACCCCAAUAAGACACAUUUUCCAUCGCGCCGUAAUAACCAGCAACAGCAGAGUGACCAAUCGACAGACACUAAGGGUCAGAAAACGCGUCGGUGUUUCAUUUGUGGUGAUGAAGGACAUAUCGCUCGCGAUCACGCAGAAGUAGGCAAGAUUGGAUCUAAGCCUCUCAAAAGCAGCCAUUACAAGGACUCUAGCAAAGCAACUCUUUGUCAGUCGGUGCAGGCUUUAAGGGAUACAGGAGGUAGCAGCGCCGCUAUCAGGGAAGCUCUUGUAAUGCCUGACCAGAUGACAGACAAGAAACUCCCAUGUAUAUUGAUUGAUGGGACAGAGCGGAUGUUCAGAACGGCCAGGAUUUUUGUGGAUACCCCCUUCUAUGUUGGGGAAUUGGAGGCAAUGUGCAUGAGCAAUCCAGUCUACGACUUAGUGAUCGGUAACAUUGAUGGAGCUAAGUUAACGGCUGACGCCAAUUAG